UGUGUCGUAGAUUUCAAGCGACAUACACACGUGCAAACCCUAUGAGUAGUAGAAAUGGCUACCGACAGGCUACAGUUCCAUGAAAUGGGCUUAGAUGAUCGCAUUUUAAAGGCUUUGGCGGACUUGGGCUGGGCUCACCCAACUCUGAUCCAGGAGAAAGCCAUCCCUCUGGCUCUGGAGGGCAAAGACCUUCUGGCUAGAGCCAGGACAGGCUCUGGGAAAACAGCUGCAUACGCUGUGCCCUUGAUCCAGCGCAUCCUGACAUCCAAGCAGAGUGUCCGUGAGCAGGCGGUCACAGCCCUCAUCCUGGUCCCUACCAAGGAGUUGGGGCAGCAGGUGCAGGGGAUGAUCCGUCAGCUGACCGCUUACUGUGCCAGGGACGUCAGGGUGGCUGACAUCUCCGGGAAGUCUGACCUGUCUGCUCAGAGGCCCAUCCUGAUGGAGAAGCCAGACGUGGUGGUGGGAACCCCUUCCAGGGUGCUGGCCCACCUCAGUGCCCAGAACCUUGACCUGCAAUCCUCCCUGGAGACCCUGGUCAUAGACGAAGCUGACCUGCUCUUUUCUUUUGGUUUUGAGGCCGACCUCAAGAGCCUGCUGUGCCACCUGCCAAAGAUCUACCAGUCCUACCUGAUGUCAGCCACUCUCAGUGAGGAUGUCCAGGCCCUGAAGGAACUGCUGCUGCACAACCCUGUGAUCCUGAAGCUGCAGGGCUCCCAGCUCCCAGACAGCAGUCAGCUGCAGCAGUACAGUGUUAAGUGUGAGGAAGAGGACAAGUUCCUUCUCAUCUACACUCUGUUGAAACUGCGUCUUGUUCAGGGCAAGACCCUGCUGUUUGUAGGAACGGUGGAAAGGUGCUACAGACUCAAACUGUUCCUAGAACAGUUCAGCAUCCCUGCGUGCGUACUCAACUCUGAGCUACCCGUCCACUCCAGAUGUCACAUCAUCACUCAGUUCAACCAAGGGUUCUAUGAUUACAUCAUCGCCACAGAUGAGGAGGUUUUGGCCGAUCCCGCCACCAAAGGACAGGCUGCCGAGGGGAAAGGAAAGAAGAAAAAGAAGAAUCCCGGACCCAAGGACAAAGAGUAUGGUGUCUCCAGAGGAAUCGACUUCCAGAAUGUCUCUAACGUCAUAAACUUUGACUUCCCCACCACCGUCGAGUCCUACAUCCACCGCGUGGGACGAACGGCACGGGCGGACAACCCAGGCACUGCUCUGACCUUUAUCUCGCAUACAGAGCUCCCCCUUCUGGCAGAGGUGGAGGAUGCGCUCACAGGAGAUAACGCUGAGUGUGCACUGAAGCCAUACGAGUUCAAGAUGGAGGAAAUCGAGGGCUUCAGGUACCGCUGUCGGGACGCCAUGCGGUCGGUGACUAAGCAGGCGGUGAGGGAGGCCCGACUGAAAGAGAUCAAACAGGAGCUGCUAAACUCAGAGAAACUCAAGACUUACUUUGAAGACAACCCCCGGGAUCUGCAGCUGCUGAGGCAUGAUAAAGACCUGCACCCUGCCGUCAUCAAACCACAACUGAAGAACGUACCGGAAUAUCUCAUCCCUCCAUCGCUGAGGGGUGUGGCCAAUCCAAUGUCUGGGCGGAAGAGGAGGAGAGAGAAGCCCAAACCUCAAGGGGUUGUCAAGAAACCUUUCAAGAAGGACUACCGUGGCAGGAACCCCCUUAAGAGUUUCCGCUACGCUGUAGGGCAGAGUCGAGGGGGCCGGUCUGGUAAAUCCUAACCCGACCCAUCAAAGUGCACUCUCUGACGACAUCACCCGUUUCUGGAUUAGUGCCGAUGGAGGGGACAGGGACUGUGGAUGCUCUGUUAACCGCUGUGAUGUGACCUGUGUCAGACGGGGUCGUGUUCACCAAGCCCCCAAUGGAAGAAAACCAACUUAAACUGGGAGGCACUAUCACAACAUUUCCAUUUAGGAAAACACAUUUUCUGUUGCAAUGUGUUUUGCUCUAUUAUGAAACUUGUGAACAUGAAUAUAACCUGUGUUUGAGGAACGUCAAGCAACGUCUUAAACUGUCUGAUUAGAAGACCUGUCGACCUAACUCAAUGAAGUGUCUUGUGGUGAUCUGCCCCUCCUCUGAAGUGAAUCUCCUUUCUUCAAUGCUCAGUGAAAUCCUAACUAAAGAAUUUACGACUGCAAUUUUGUUCCAAUAUGUCAUUUUCUGUGGUGGAAUCGGAGUGCCAAUCUCGUUUCUCUACUGAAAUAGACUCGUCUCAAUUUCUGGUAUUUUCUAUACAAAUGCUGUACCAUUAAAUGCCUUUGGUUGUUUCAGAUGUUCUUGGCUACAUGUGAGUAUUGCAUAUAUAGUUCUUUUGUAAUAUAAGAAAUCAGGAAAGUGUAAUGUUUAUUAUAUAUAUUUCUUUACACUUAAAGGGGUCUUCUAUUAUUCAUUUUCAAUCCCGGAGGCUUUUUUUGUCCUUUUGUGACUUGAAGGACGCCCCUUUAAAUGUGCUCCUGUUCUCUAGGCUGUUUAUAUCUGUAACGCUCCAUGGAAUGUUUAUUCCAGAAAUGUAUUAAAAAAAACUCUACAACUGA